AUGUACGCACUUACAUAGCAGAAUUGUACAUCCAUUGCUUCUCAAAGCAUUUGGAAAUGAGUGGGCCUACUUUAGACGGGAUAGGCUGACUGGUUCUCUAUCUGCGCCUCCAACAGAACCAGUCUCCUCCCCUAAAGUUGAUGUGAAAGAGAGAACAUUAUGCUGUCUGAACACGGGAAGAAGUUGGGUUCAUAAACUAAAUCGGCAGUUUGUUUACAGUAACUCCCAAGUUUUUCCAUUGUCGUCUUUUUGUCAUUUUGACUGGUAAAAACGUGAAAACAUGUCUCGUUUCGGGGCGGUGUUGUUCGCAAUUUGACGAGUGAUACGCAGGAUUGUUGCCAAGAUACAUUGAAACGUGUCAGAGUAAUAACUUAAUCAAACCGAGACUGGAAAGACGACUUUUGGACAGAAUUAAGCGAAAAUGUCAGACAACAGAUCAAGUUUUCUUCAUAUUGGAGACAUUGUGUCGCUGUACGCAGAAGGCACUGUCAAUGGCUUCAUCAGUACAUUGGGGCUUGUUGAUGACAGGUGUGUGGUGCAGCCCGAUGCAGGAGACCUUGCCAAUCCACCCAAAAAGUUCAGAGACUGCCUGUUCAAGGUGUGUCCGAUGAACAGGUACUCAGCUCAGAAGCAGUUCUGGAAGGCCAAACAGGGCAAACAAGGCAACAACAACACAGAAGAAGACCUAUUCAAGAAGUUACAGCAUGCAGCAGAACUGGAACAGAAGCAGAAUGAGACGGAGAAUAAGAAGCUGCUGGGAGAGGUGGUAAAGUACAGUAACGUCAUCCAGCUUCUGCAUAUAAAGAGUAACAAGUACUUGACGGUGAACAAGCGUCUGCCAGCGCUGCUGGAGAAGAACGCCAUGCGUGUGUCUCUGGACCCAGCUGGCAAUGAGGGCUCCUGGUUCUACAUCCAGCCCUUCUGGAAACUCCGCAGCGAGGGGGAUAACGUGGUGGUGGGAGACAAAGUGGUCCUGAUGCCCGUGAACGCAGGGCAGCCUCUCCACGCCAGCAACAUUGAGCUGCUAGACAACCCUGGCUGCAAGGAGGUGAACGCUGUGAACUGCAACACCAGCUGGAAGGUCACUCUGUUCAUGAAGUUCAGUGACUACAGAGAGGACGUCCUCAAAGGAGGUGAUGUGGUACGUCUGUUCCACGCUGAACAAGAGAAGUUCUUGACAUGUGACGAAUACAGGAAUCAGCAGCACAUCUUCCUCAGGACCACCCUGAGACAGUCUGCCACCUCUGCCACCAGCUCCAAAGCACUCUGGGAAAUAGAGGUUGUGCACUACGACCCCUGCAGAGGGGGUGCCGGCCAAUGGAACAGCCUGUUUCGCUUCAAACACCUGGCCACUGGAAACUACCUGGCUGCAGAGAUUAACCCUGAUUUCCGGGAUGAAAGUGUGGCAUCUAAAGCAGAGGUGAAUCAGACGGAGACAGAUACAGCGUACUCCAAGAGGAAGCGUCAGGCUGCAGAGAAGAUAGCCUGCACCCUGGUGUCUGUGCCCCAUGGCAACGACAUCGCUUCUCUGUUUGAGCUGGACGCCACCACGCUGCAGAUGGCUGACUGUCUGGUGCCCAGGAACUCGUACGUACGGCUGAGACACCUAUGUACCAACACCUGGGUGAGCAGCACCAACUUCCCCAUCGACGCUGAGGAGGAGCGCCCCGUCAUGCUCAAGAUUGGCACGUGCCCUACGAAGGAGGACAAGGAGGCAUUUGCUAUUGUCUCUGUACCCCUGUUUGAGGUCCGAGACCUGGACUUUGCCAACGAUGCCAACAAGGUCCUGGAGUCGACCGUGAAGAAGCUGCAGUAUGGCAACAUUGCUCAGAACGAGAGGAGGUUUGUGACCAAGCUGUUGGAGGACCUGAUCUUCUUUGUGUGCGAGGUCCCCAACAACGGUCAGGACGUGCUGUCUGUGGUCAUCUCCAACCCCAACAGGGAAAGGCAGAAACUAAUGAGGGAACAGAACAUUCUAGCCCAGAUUUUUGGUAUUCUGAAGGCUCCAUUCACGGACCAGGGGGAGGGUCCCAUGCUGAAGCUGGAGGACUUGGGGGACCAGCGCUACGCUCCCUUUAAGUACAUGCUGCAGCUGUGCUACCGGGUGCUGCGCCACUCCCAACAGGACUACCGCAAGAACCAGGAGUACAUAGCCAAGAAGUUCUCCAUCAUGCAGUCUCAGAUCGGUUAUGAGAUCCUGGCGGAGGACACAAUUACAGCUCUGCUCCACAACAACCGCAAGCUGCUGGAGAAACACAUCACAGCCAAGGAGAUUGAGACCUUCGUCAAACUGCUGCGACGCAACCGAGAGCCCAGGUUCCUGGACUAUCUGUCAGACCUGUGUGUGUCCAAUAAGACGGCCAUUCCAGUGACACAGGAGCUUAUCUGUAAAUUCAUGUUGAACUCCGCCAAUGCUGACAUCCUCAUCCAGACCAAGCUAAUCCCAAACACAGAGACAUCCCUGGAGUCGUCCUUGCUGCUGGAGGACACAGAGGAUGAGGAGGUGUGGCUCUACUGGAUCGACAGCCACAAGGAGCCGCACGGCAAGUCCAUCCGCCACCUGGCCCAGGACGCCAAGGGCAACCACAAGCUGGACAGUGACAUCAUCACCUACUACAGAUACCAGCUCAACCUUUUUGCCAAGAUGUGUCUGGACCGCCAGUACCUGGCCAUCAACCGGUUGUCCAGCCAGCUGCCUGUGGAACUGAUCCUGCGCUGCAUGUUUGACGACUGCCUGCCCUACAACCUGCGUGCCUCUUUCUGCCGCCUCAUGCUGCACAUGCACGUGGACCGCGAGCCCCAGGAGGCCGUGGUGGCUGUGCGCUAUGCCCGCCUCUGGACCGAGAUCCCCUCCAAGAUCACCAUCCACGAGUAUGAGUAUGAGUUCAGAGACACCUCCAGAGAGGAGAUGAAGAGGAAGUUUGCCCCCACCAUGGAGUUUGUAGAGGAAUACCUCAAAGACGUGGUCAGCCAACCCUUUCCCUUCGGAGACAAAGAGAAGAAUGAAUUGACUCUAGAGGUGGUACAUCUGGCCCGUAACCUGGUCUACUUUGGCUUCUACAGCUUCAGUGAGCUGCUGCGUCUCACACGCACCCUCCUGGCCAUACUGGACUUUGUCCAACACCCACUCACCUACAUGGACAAGCUCAGCAAGAGUCCCGAGGCAGGAAACAACGUGUUGCGUACCAUCCACGGCGUGGGGGAGAUGAUGACACAGAUGGUGCUGAGUAGAGGGUACGUCCUGCCUCACCACCUCCCCGACACGCCCCCGUCCCUCCAGCACGGAAUACAGCCCUUCCUUCUGCCUGACAACGAGGACGUCAUGGUCAUGGAUACCAAGCUCAAAAUCAUUGAGAUCCUACAGUUCAUCCUGAGUGUGCGGCUGGACUACAGGAUCACCUACUUGCUAUCCAUCUAUAAGAAAGAAUUUGGGGACAGGAAUCUACCAGACAGCUCUAUGUCGGUGUCUGAAUUCCCUUCCAUGUCAGAUCCAGACAUAGAUGAGAUUGCAGCCAAAGCAGAGACCAUGUUUGCUGGAAGUUCAGAGUGUAGUGCUGUGGAGCUGGAUGACGAAGGGGGUAGGACCUUCCUGAGGGUGCUGAUCCACCUCAUCAUGCAGGACUACCCCCCACUGGUCUCAGGCUCACUGCAGCUCAUGUUCAAACACUUCAGCCAGAGAGCAGAGGUCCUACAGGCCUUCAAACAGGUCCAGUUGCUGGUGUCGGAGCAGGAUGUAGAGAACUACAAGCAGAUCAAGACAGACCUGGACCAGCUAAGGCUGACAGUGGAGAAGUCUGAACUGUGGGUGGAGAAAAGUGGAGCCUACGGUAGUGAGGACAUAGGAGAGAGUCAGGGCAAGGAGCAGACCAUGGAGGAGGCUGGAAUCCUGAGCCCAGUACAGGGCGGAGAUGUGAAGCCACAGAUAGACAGCAACAAAGCUAACAACUACAACAUUGUCAAAGAGAUCCUGCUGCGGCUCAGUAAGCAGUGUUACCCCGGUAAAAAGAGUCGUGUGCAGCAGCAGAGGUUACUGAAGAACAUGGGCGCUCACACUGUGGUGCUGGACCUGCUCCAGAUACCUUAUGAGAAGAGUGAUAAGAAGAUGAAUGAGAUCAUGACACUGGCCCACGUGUUCCUGCAGAACUUCUGUAAAGGGAACAGCCAGAAUCAGGUUCUGCUCCACAAACACCUCAACCUGUUCCUCACACCAGGGCUCCUGGAGGCUGAGACCAUGCGCCACAUCUUCAUGAACAACUUCUAUCUGUGCAACGAUAUCAGUGACCGUGUGGUCCACCAUUUUGUUCACUGCAUCGAGACUCACGGCCGACACGUCCAGUACCUCAAGUUCCUCCAGACCAUCGUCAAGGCCGACGGGAAGUAUGUCAAGAAGUGCCAGGACAAGGUCAUGACCGAGCUGGUGAACGGUGGCGAGGACGUGCUGGUGUUCUACAACGACCGCUCCUCCUUCCCGGUGCUGUUCCAGAUGAUGUGCUGCGAGCGGGAGCGUGGGGACGAGGGCGGAGCCCUGGCCUACCACAACACCCUGGUAGAGCUCCUCGCUGCCUGCACCGAGGGCAAAAACGUCUACACCGAGCUGAAAUGUAACUCCCUGCUGCCCCUGGACGACAUCGUCAAGGUGGUCACCCACGAUGACUGCAUCGCUGAGGUGAAGACGGCCUACGUGAACUUUGUGAACCACUGCUAUGUGGACACGGAGGUGGAGAUGAAGGAGAUCUACACCAGCCACCACAUCUGGAAGCUCUUUGAGAACUUUUUGGUGGACAUGGCUCGGGUGUGCAACAGCACCACGGACCGUAACCAUGCCGACGUUCCCCUGGAAAUGUAUGUGAUUGAGACAGUAAUGGCCAUCGUCAAGGGCUUCUUCAGCUCCCAGUUCCCUGUCAACAACUCCAACCUGCAGACUCACCAGCCCAUCUUCAUCAAGCUGCUCCAGUCCUCCUUCAGGAUCUAUAACUGCACCUGGAUCAGCUCGGCCCAGAAGAAUAACAUUGAGGGCUGCAUCAAAACACUGGCUGACGUGGCCAAGGCGCGUGCCAUAGCCAUACCAGUGGAUCUGGACAGCCAGGUGAACACUCUGUCUCUGAAGGCCCACACCAAUGUGGUGCAUCGUGCCGCCAAGGACUGGAGGAUCUCAGCACGCACCCGGCCCCGAAAGGAGACCCUAGGAGGGCCCGACUACAAGAGCAUCAUUGAGAAGCUGCAGGGUGUGGUGGCGUGUCUAGAGGAGCAGUUCAGUCCUAAGGUGCAGGCCGAGUUCUCUGUGUUGGUGGAUGUACUACACAGCCCUGAGCUGUUGUUCCCAGAGGCUGCCAGACUGCGCUGUGAGAGUGGAGCCUUCAUGUCCAAACUGAUCAAACACACCAAGAAGCUGAUGGACAAAGAGGAAAAACUGUGUAUUAAGAUCCUGCAGACACUUAGAGAAAUGCUGGAUAAGAAGGAGGCCUUCGAUGAGCCUGUGAGUACUGAUCCAGACAUGGGAAAUGUGUUAAGGCAUAUUCUCCUCACUCGCUACUUUGGAAAUCAAAGGAUUCUCUCCAAAUCAGAGUUUGGGAGCGGGAACAGCUCGGCUGGAGGCUUUGGAGGUGGCACUCUGGUCCAGGACUCUGACAAGCCGAGCAGCAGCAUGGUGGACAUCCAGUGUCUGCUUGACAGUGAGGGAGCCUCAGAGCUGGUCAUAGACCUCAUCGUCAGUACCAAGAACGAUCGUGUGUUCCAGGAGAGCAUCCUGCUAGGCAACGCCCUGCUGCGGGGGGGAAACACUCAGAUACAGAACUCAUUCUACCACCAGCUGCACAAGCAGAAGAAGUCGGAGCGCUUCUUCAAGGUGUUCUAUGACCGCAUGCGUCUGGCCCAGCAAGAGAUCCGGGCCACUGUGUCCGUCAACAUGUUCGAGGUCAGCACCUGCAGGAAGAGAGAGGAGGACGUCGACGUCAGUCACAGUGGCAUCCGGCUCAGGAAAACAGUGAAAGACUCUUCCCUUCACAUGAAAGACAACAUGCGUGGCCAGUUGAAGGAGGCGUCCUCAGCCACCUCCAAGGCCUUUGUCUCCUUCCGGAAGGAUCUGGACACAGACCUGGAGGUGCUGGACGGCCAGGCCGGUGAUGGGCCCGGGGGAGGGGGCGAGGAGAGAGAGGAAGAGACCCAGAUGAGCCCGGCCAUCACCAUCAUGAAGCCUAUCUUGCGAUACCUCCAGCUGCUCUGUGAGAACCACAACAGGAACCUGCAGAACUUCCUGCGGAACCAGAACAACAAGACCAACUACAACCUAGUGUGUGAGACUCUGCAGUUCCUGGACAUCAUGUGUGGCAGCACCACGGGAGGCCUGGGCCUGCUGGGCCUCUACAUCAAUGAGGGCAACGUGGACCUUGUCCGGCAGACGCUGGAGACAAUCACCGAGUACUGCCAGGGGCCUUGCCACGAGAACCAGUCCUGUAUAGCCAAGCACGAGUCCAACGGAAUCGACAUCAUCAUAGCUCUGAUAGUCAACUCCAUCAACCCCUUGGGGAAGAAUCGAAUGGACCUGGUGCUAGAACUCAAGAACAACGCCUCCAAGCUGCUGCUGGCAAUCAUGGAGAGUCGCCAUGACAGCGAGAACGCCGAGAAGAUCCUUUACAAGAUGAGGCCCAUGGAGCUGGUGGAUGUGAUGAAGGAGGCAUAUGCCCAGGGCCUGGAGAGUGAAGCUGAGGAGAACUCUAUAGGAGACCAGAUCAAACCAAAAGACGUAGGACACAACAUCUACAUCCUGGCCCACCAGCUAGCCAGACACAGCAAGUUCCUGCAGCAGAGCUUGAGGCCGCUAGCGGCGGGGCUGCUGCUGAAUGAUGACACGGAGGGAGGCGACGCCCUUGGUUACUAUGCCAACCACACCGCUCAGAUAGAGAUUGUGCGUCACGACCGCACCAUGGAGCAGAUAGUGUUUCCAGUGCCCAACAUCUGUGAGUACCUGACAGAGGAGUCCAAGACGCGCGUGUUCACUACAACCGAGAGGGAUGACCAGGGCAGCAAGGUCAACGAUUUCUUCACGCAGUUUGACGACCUCUAUAAUGAGAUGCGCUGGCAGAAGAAGAUACGCAAUAACCUGGCUCUGUUCUGGUUCUCUCGGCACAUCUCUCUCUGGGGAAGCAUCUCUUUCUACCUAGCCGUUCUAGUCAACGUGGCCGUGGCUCUCUUCUACCCCUUUGGAGAUGACGGAGAUGAAGGCAUCCUGCCCCCCUUUGUGUCCAUCCUGCUGUGGGUGGCGUUGGUGGUGUGCACCGCCAUGCUCUUCAUCCUGCCCAAACCAGGGAGUGUCCGGCCCUUCCUGGUCUCUGUCAUACUGCGCUCUAUUUACACACUGGGCCUGGGCCCGACCCUGCUGCUACUGGGGGCCGCCAAUCUCCUAAAUAAGAUAGUGUUCCUGGUGAGCUUCGUGGGCAACCAGGGGACAUUCACGCGGGGCUACAAGGCAGUGGUCAUGGACAUGCCCUUCCUCUACCACGUGGGCUACAUCAUCGUCUGUAUGCUGGGCCUCUUUGUCCAUGAGUUCUUCUACAGCUUCCUGCUUUUUGAUCUGCUGAACCGCGAGGAAACCCUGCUGAACGUGAUUAAGAGCGUGACACGUAAUGGGCGCUCCAUCGUCCUCACAGCUGUGCUGGCCCUCAUUCUGGUCUACCUCUUCUCCAUCGUGGGCUUCCUCUUCCUCAAGGACGACUUCCUCAUGGACGUGCAACGUCUGCCAGGGAAACUGGAAACACUUAAAGACGGCCGAGCUCCCUCCGACAAGUGUUUGAAAGACGGCUGCCCAGACUACUUACCCACGUCUGUCACCAUGGAGGAGGACGAUGGGACGGAGCGUGUGUGUGACACUCUGCUGAUGUGUAUCGUGACGGUGCUGAACCAGGGCCUGAGGAACGGAGGGGGAGUAGGAGACGUGCUGAGGAAGCCUUCCAAAGACGAUCCUCUGUUUGCGGCCCGUGUGGUGUAUGACCUACUGUUCUUCUUUAUUGUCAUCAUCAUCGUCCUCAACCUCAUCUUCGGCGUCAUCAUCGAUACGUUCGCCGACCUGAGGAGCGAGAAGCAGAGGAAGGAGGAGAUACUGAAGACCACCUGCUUCAUCUGUGGGUUGGAGAGGGAUAAGUUUGACAACAAGACCGUGUCAUUUGAGGAGCACAUCAGGUCGGAACACAACAUGUGGCACUACCUGUACUUCCUGGUUCUGGUGAGGGUGAAGGACCCCACGGAGUACACUGGCCCCGAGAGCUACGUGGCCCAGAUGAUCAAGGAGAAGAACCUGGACUGGUUCCCCCGGAUGCGGGCCAUGUCCCUGGUGAGCAGCGAGGGGGACGGCGAGCAGAACGAGAUGCGCUCCCUGCAGGAGAAACUGGACAGCACCGUCACACUGGUGUCCCUGCUGUCCUCCCAGCUGUCUGAGCUAAAGGAUCAGAUGACAGAGCAGAGGAAGAAUAAACAGAUGAUGGGCUUCCUGGGGCCUGCUGGGGUCAACAACCACCACAUCCCAGCACACUGAGGGGCCUGGGUCCCCCUGCUAACAGAGAACUGCUGGAGGUACACAAAGGGGCCACACACACAAUGUGCAUACAGUACACACACGCACCCACACAAUAGUAUCCGAUUUAUGGGGCCAGCAGCCACUGGCCUACAAGCAUAAUUUACUCAAACAGUGCUUUGUAUUCAAAGCAAACAGUGCCUUGUAUUCAAAGCAAACAGUGCCUUGUUCUUAGACAGUGUACUGACUCCUCACCCAGCAUCACCCUCUCACAUAGAACAGUACAGUGAUGUCUGCCUUUAUGACAACACAAGCUGCCUAGUCAUUCUGAUCAUCCCAUGUCAGUUUUGCUGCUCUAUGAGUGAGCCUCUGACUGAGAUGCCAGGCAUGCCACACAUUGGCCAGUGUCACUAUUGCAGUCUCCUGCAGACUGGAGGUCAAGGGAAAGGGUUAAAGGUUAAAGUACAGUGGUCCUGUGGGCAGCCACGCUCUACCUUCUGUAUUCUCAGUGUACUGUGUCUGAGACUAAGAUGAAGACAGACUGGGCUAUACGCAGGUCAGGUACAUUGGGUUGGUUGGUGUUGUUCAGUUCUCUUUGGACUUGAAAGGGGCUGCUCCUUGUAUUACUGAUAGGCCCUCUUUGGAAAGGGUGUACGUGUAACUUUAAGGUUAAGUAUUUUCUUCCUAGCCUGGUCUCAGAUCUGUUUGUGUGGUCUUGCCAACUCCUACAACAAUGAUAAUAGGAGUUGGCAAUAGCACACAAACAGAUGUGGGACCAGGUUAUUCUCUUUAGAUAUGUUUUAAUAUGACCUGUUAACUUGUGAACGUAACUGGAGUAUUACAUUUUUUAUACAUUGGAAUUAGAAAUGGAACAUUGAUCACUUUACCGCCUGGCUGCCUUGGGGGGUAACAUUGAUCAACUUACCGCCUGGCUGCCUUGGGGGGUAACAUUGAUCACCUUACCGCCUGGCUGCCUUGGGGGGUAACAUUGAUCACUUUACCGCCUGGCUGCCUUGGGGGGUAACAUUGAUCAACUUACCGCCUGGCUGCCUUGGGGGGUAACAUUGAUCACCUUACCGCCUGGCUGCCUUGGGGGGUAACAUUGAUCACCUUACCGCCUGGCUGCCUUGGGGGGUAACAUUGAUCACCUUACCGCCUGGCUGCCUUGGGGGGUAACAUUGAUCACCUUACCGCCUGGCUGCCUUGGGGGGUAACAUUGAUCACCUUACCGCCUGGCUGCCUUGGGGGGUAACAUUGCUUUGUCAUCUCAAUCAUUAUGACUGUGAUAGUCAAUGUUCUCAAUAUCCUGCACUUUUAAAAAAUGUUAACUGGAGAAACGGAUUUGCAUACGACGUUACUUUGCCUUUUGUUUUACACUUUACUUGAACUCGCUGCCAUAAUGCUUCAUACCAGUUUUAUUAACAUGUCAUAAAGCUUCAUAGCAUAUGUCAGGUCUCCAGGAUAUACUAUGCCAAUGUUAUGACACAUAUAUUUACAUGUAUUGUGGUAUUUAGCCUUAUGCUAUGAAGCUUCACGGCAUGUUUACGACGAGUUCAGGUAAAGUGUUGUCUCCUUUUCUCUCAGAGAAGUGUCCUCCGUGAUAAUACAAUCCCUGAACAGCAUUAUGACUUUCUUUUCAUAUUGUACAUAGUCUAUAAAUAACCGAAUGAAAAGAAAAUGUAUGUGACGAUGAUCUGAUUAUCUGUACGGAAUUUACUUGAAAUGCCUUGAGUCUUAAAUCCUAUAUUGGUACAGAAUGUAGUCAGGAGGACUGAUUUGAAAAUCAUGUGCUUGUGUCCAAUACAGUAGAUAGUCUUAGUAACUCACUCAUGUUGAUAGAGAUGUUUGAUCAUACUGUAAUUGUGGUGUGGCACCCUGUUUCCUAUGUAGUGCCUUACUUUUGACCAGGACCCAGAGGGCUCAAGUAGGUGCUUCUGGGCCCUGGUCAAAGGUAGGGCAAUAGAUGGAGAAUAGAUUGCUAUUUGGGACAUAGGCAUCAACUCAUCUCAUACUGUAAUGGUCAUUCUCUAUGGUUCGUUAGGGGUUCAAGCAGUGAAGCUGUGAGAAGCCCUAUUGUAUUUGUUGCCGUUCAUUAUUAUACAUCUUCUUCCGCCAAGGAAAAUGAAUACGCACAUUCCUGUAAGGCCUAAGAAGGUGUAAUUUGGUGUGAUGGUAAAGGCCCAUGGGCCCCACACCCUCUCAAGCAAUGCCAUGUCAAUUGGCCUCAUGGUGGCGUUAUAACAAGCGAUUGAAGAUGCAAACUUUGAAAGGUCAUGUCCCUUACCCCGUUUGAGCUAGAGUCAUGAAAUGUGGUACAUAGGUGCCUCUCCUCACAAGGAACACAUUUGCUUCAAUGACGCAUAAGGUUUUCCAUGAUGGAUUUUCCACCAUUUCCAAUUCUUUGAUAAACAUUUAAAACGCUACUCAUCUGGCAUCGAAUGACCGAUCUGCAUGAAACGUGAUACAUGGUAUCUAUGUACCAAGUUCUCUCAAAGCAAUAUUUUCCAGGAUAGCAACUCAAACAACAUGGCAGCUACUGACCAAUAAACAUUUAAGUGGGUGUGACCUGGCACAUAAAUGCAUAUCAAUCAGACACAGAUAUGUGUAUUGUACCAACUUCAUACACAUGUUCCAAACACUGUCAAAACUCAACAUAUGCAAGCACAUUUAGAUCAACCACAAAGUGGCACUGUCAGGGGCACUUGAUUAUACCUCUUGAUCUGUUUGACUCAGUGAUGAAAUUUGGCACACGCUCAGGGAUCUGGGUGUAGCUAACUUGUAGAGUAUGGUUAGGUUUCCUGUAAAAACAAUCAUGCAAGCUCAUUGGCUUAUAGUGGCCAUGUUGUUUGAGCUAGAGUCUUGGAAAAUAUUGUGUUUAAAGACGUUCAUAGUUGCUAUAUACCAAAUUUGUUGCCAAUUGGUCAAGUGAUUUUCUGUUGUCGUUUUUAACUCUUGUAACUCAGUCACAUGGAAUUCAAUUUAAUAUCUGUGUAUAAAAUGUGUAUGUCUGUAAAAGUUUUUAUCUUCCACAAUCACAUGACAGUAUGAGAGUAUGUGUGCACUUCAGAGGGGAAUGCCCUUUGACACUUUUCUGUCAACAGAUAGUGUGUUUUAUGUUGAUCAGAUGCUAUAUUGUAAUAAAUCUAUGAUAAGAUGAGA